UUGGUUUUUAAACUCAUAAGACUGAAGGUCCGCUUUAAUAACUGUUGUAGAGUAUGAGUAUGACAACCGCGAUGAAGCACCUUUGUGUUGCGCUUGCAUUCGUGAUGGCUUUAGAAUGCUGUGGCGUUUUAGGUAGGCUAGACUGGGUUAAAGUUGUGAAGCACACCCCUUGCAGGCGCUUCGAUGUCUAUGUGUAUAUCGACUGUGAUAAACCCUGGCUUUUCUACCGUCCCUCCAGCAGCCAGUUCUCAAUAUUGUGUCGCUACUGUAGAGAGGGUAUUGAGAAUUACUGGUCCAGAGGAAUUUCCUAUGCUGGUAGUACUUGGAUUGUGAAUAUCAAAACGGUUUUGAGAAGCAGCGGGGACAGGAAGAAAAUUGAGCUUCAGUGGCGAAAAUCGUCGAGUCGUUCACACAAUUCUGACAUCUUGAAGAUGACGGUGAAAUAUCUGAGCAAGAGAGGUGAUGCUACCGCCCUUUUCAAGGAGACCUGCGCUCAUGAGAUCGGCCAUUCUUUUCUCAAAGAUGCCCACGGCAUUAAAUACAGUUGGGGUCAUAAAGGUACCUCAAGCGUUUUUGGAGGAUUAAAAUCAUCUACGCCAGCCUACCCCAGAAGCGGAGAGAUAGACCUGAUGAAGUACUACAGGGGCGGUACCAGUAAUUUCUAUAACAGAGUGGUCGCCGCCGAAAGUGAUGUGAAGGAUUUAGUGUUCAAAGUUAGAGACAGUUACAAGACCAAUACUGGCAGAUGCUAAUUGCCAGGCUUUCCCUUUACUUUUUGAGAAAACCCGAAAAAACGUAUCCGAACGGAAUGUAGACACUUUUGAGAAGACUGUAAGGCUCCAUUCCCAUCUGUGUUUAACAGAAAAUAGCUUAUGUACCUGACACGUGUUUGAAAUAUUACAAUUAGAUCGUUAAACGCAUUGUCACCCUACGAUAUUUCCCAUACUCCAGAUUUUCUCAAGAAAUAAAGACAUCUGAGGACCAGAUUACAAG